UGCCCGGAAUCGGCAGUGGCAACGCGACGCUUGAACCUCGUUGUUUGUUUAACUUGAUCUCUCUCUCUCUUUGUGUGUUUUUUGGUUCUCUCUCUUUUCUCCCUCUCACUGAGUGUUUUCUUGUGUUUUUCUCUCUCAUUGUGAGAGUGUUUUGUUGUUGUUUUGUGGUUUCUCUCUUUCUCUCUCUCUCACCUUGACCACGAUGUCUAAUGAUGAGCUUGCUUCGAGAGAUGAAAUAAUUGAGUUUAAAUAUGAAGGUGAGGAAGAUCGUCUCGUGUCCGAGCAUCUUUACCACCAUUACCUUCAACCACCGGCUCACAAAUGGAUUCCCCUCUCGUUUUCUAGGUGGUUUCCUCCGCCGGCUUACCAUUUUUACUCACCUCCGCUUUAUCUUCAUUCAAAUUUUCCUGCUCAUCCACCAUUACCACCUCGUUCACUGUUUUAUUCACCACCACCACCCCAUCAUCAUCAUCACCACCAUCAUCAUCAGUUUAACCAUCAUCUUCACCAUCCAAGUUUAAUACCACCUCCAUCUUCAUCGUCAACCUCAUCAACAUCUUCAGCAUCUUCUGCAUCUUCAUCUUCAACAUCAUCUAUCCUCUCAUCGUCAACACCCCACCACCACCACCAUCAUAACCUUAACCACCACUCUCAUCAUCAUCAUUCACAAGAGCCACAUGAUCGUAAUAAUGUUGAUUCAAAUGAUCGUAUUGAUCAACAUGAUCGUGUCUCACUUUCUGGUGAUCAACACGAUCAUGGUGAUCAACAUAAUAGUCUAAUCAACUUUAGCAAUAUUAAGAAACCUUUAAACGCUUUCAUGUUGUACAUGAAGGAAAAUCGAGCCGCUGUUGCAGCUCAAAGUACUCGUAAAGAGUCCGCAACGAUUAAUCAAAUUUUAGGUAAAAAUUGGCACUUGUUAAGUCCCGAAGAACAAGCCAAAUAUUAUGAGAAAGCUAAAUCAGCACGUGAUGCUCAUCGAGAGCAGUAUCCAUGUUGGACCGCCAAAGACAAUUAUGCCAUAAGGAAAAAGAAAAAGAAAACAAAUCGAGAAAAAACCAGCGAAGGUGAAGGUUCACAGAAAAAGUGUCGAGCUCGAUUCGGGUUGGAGCAACAGGCGAGUUGGUGUAAACCUUGUCGAAGGAAAAAAAAGUGCAUACGAUUCUCAGAAGAGAAUGCGACUUCCAUCUAGUGUUUUCCAAUCAAAGUAUUUCAUUGAAUUUCUACUACAAACAAAAAAAGAAUGAGAUAAAAUGAUCACGCAUGUAAUUCUCUCUCUCCCUCUCUCUCUUUCUCUCUUUUUCUAUCUCUCUCACCUUCGACCAAGAAAAUUCUCUUUUUCGUUUCAUUCUCAUUCUCUCACACAGUUUUACCACCACCACGAAUUCUACAUGUAUCAUGAUCUAACUUAGAACUUUAUCCAUUCGAAAGUCUUUUUCUUUUGUAAUAAUUAUCAUCGUAUCUCAUCAACGCCUAAUCAUCAUCAUCAUCAUCAUCAUUCUCACCUUUAAUCACCAUCAUCAUAAAUUUCGCUUAAAUUGUAAAGCUUAAUCCAUCUUCUUUUAAGUAAAAGAGAAAAAAAAAUAAAAAUCUUUAUCUUUUUCCA